UCACAUUCUGGAAGCAGUCGAAGAAGCUCUUUGGCGUCGGUUGGAAACAAGAAUCGACCGCUACUCAUUUGGUGAUAAUUUAUGUUAUCUACUCUUACAUGGUUUAUUAUAAUUCUCAAACUUAAAGUAUACAUUUUGAAUGCCAGACACCGUAUUUUGAAUGUCUUAAUACUAAUAACAGUGAUUUUACGAGGAGAAAUCAUGCGACAAACCAAAGGAAAUUUCUCUUCGGUCCCGCGCGUGCAAUAUGGAGUGGUAUUCUGCGUACUGUCUUUGACUUUGUUACUGGAGCUGGCUGGAGUGGAGGCUCAGCUAAUGCCAGUGAAUGUCGCACUUAACAAACCAAUAUCUGCAAACAUCACUUGUGGAGAUCCACCAGAAUUGUUCACUGCUCAUAUCCAGCAGACUAUACCAGCCGAAGACCGUGUUUCAUCUUUGUGUAAUGCAUCAAAUCCAUCGCUUGCUCAUCCUCCGGGUUUAAUGGUGGAUGAAGAUGUUUCGAGUGGAGUCAAUUAUACCUGGUGGCAGAGCACAUCUAGAAGUGACCUGAUAGCAGCAGGAUUCAGUGACCCUGAAUCAGAGAUUAUGCUUGAUUUGCAAGAGGUGCAUUCUGUGGAGAGUAUCAGCAUUCAGAUGGGAGAUUCUGUUCGACCGGGUCAGAUAGGAAUCAAGACAUCUCAAGAUGGGAUUAUCUUUAGACAGCUCUUGUAUCAAGUAUCAGAAGAGACAGACUGCUCCGAUGAAUUUGAUCUUUCACCCACCAAAGCUAUUGUUGAUUUAAACACAGUCCUCUGCUCAACUUUCCUGUCUGAUGCUCAACAAAGGAAUGAAAUUAUUAAUUUCCCUUUAUCACCUCCUACUGAAUUUCAAGAGUGGCAGAGAGCUAGGUUUCUCAAGAUCGAUUUCUACAAUAUGCCAAGGAGCUUUGGCUUCUUUUCUAAUAGUUUUCAUCACUACACAGUGCGUAACCUUGAGGUAAUGGCACAGUGCGAGUGUAAUGGUCAUGCUACCAGCUGCACCCUUCAACCUUUGACCUCUGACCCCACUAAAAUGACCUAUCAGUGUGUCUGUGGUGACAACACCCAGGGUGAUACAUGUAGCGAGUGUUUGCCCUUUUACAACCAGCUUGCGUACCAGCCGGGGACAGAUGGCUUUGUCUGUGAAGAGUGUAACUGCUUCAAUCACAGUGAUGUGUGUCAGUACAAUGAGUCUGUUGCAGCCAUGGGUAGUAGUCUGAAUGCCGCCGGAGAAUACAUUGGGGGUGGUGUUUGCCUUGAUUGCAGGGAUAACACAGCAGGAAUCAAUUGUAACCAGUGUGUCCAGUUUUAUUUCCGUCCUACUGGUACACUUCAAUCUGAUAUGAAUGCUUGUCAGGAAUGUAACUGCUACCUUCCUGGAACCAGAGAAGAUCCUACUAUUGGUCUUGUUAAAGGAGAGUGUGUGAUGAAUGAUGAUGACGUCAAUCCUGCUGGCAUGUCCCCUGGUGAUUGUUACUGUAAGGUCAAUGUACAAGGAUCAAAGUGUAAUGAAUGCAAAGAUGGAUUCUUUGAUCUCACAGAUGCAAAUACAAAUGGAUGUCUGGGCUGUGAUUGCUUUACGGAUGGCACUAUACAAGGCUCUGAGGUUUGUGAGAAGAAUGCUUCUGGUCAGUGUCCCUGUAAGGAAUUCACACAGGGACGACGGUGUGAUGAGUGCCAAGAUGGCUACUAUGGUCUGUCUGGUAGCAGUCAACAAGGAUGUACAGACUGUCAGUGUGAUGUAGGAGGGGCUGAAAACCUAGUCUGUGAUAAGACCGAAGGGGUUUGCACCUGCAGAAACCGUGUGAUUGAUCGUCGGUGUGACAGUGUUGGCUCCAGUUCUUUCUACCCUACCCUUCAUUCCAUCAACACUGAGUUUGAGUCAAUGGACAACCCUUACUGGAAGAGAGAAGUGGCUGAUUACAGUGGCAUUGGAUAUGUUGAACUAUCAGGCUCGGUGAACACCUCCACGAUUUUGACAAUUCCUCCCUCCCAAUUCAGUGGAGAAUUCCGACUAGUCCUCAGAGCCAUUACAGAAGGCAUCAGCCAAGUGGACUUCACCAUUCAGUCCAUAGGGGAGGACAGCCCAAGCACUGUGAUGAGGGGCCAGACUACCCUACCUGUGUGCUCAGGAGUUUGGUGUUAUGAUGGUACUUUAAGAAAUACUGGUCAACCAGAGCUUCAGGGACUCUUUGGUCUUACUCCCGGUGACUGGAGGAUUACUGCUGCUAUUAAUACACAAGGAGGGGCUAGAGUUUUACUUGAUCAACUUGUAGCUCUACCUGUAGAGUACAGUGAUCCAGGAUCCCUUCUUGGAGAUGGGCGUGGCAUUGAGUUUACUACCACCUGUGAUCUUCAGACCAAUAACAUGAGGUUGGGUAGUCCUGAUGAAUCCUUCUGUCUGGCUAAUGUUUUCUCCUUGACCACAUAUUACUUUGACGGGGCACAGGAGUGUGAUUGCGACCUUGUUGGUAGCGUGGGAUUAUCUUGCGCCUCCUAUGGGGGUCAGUGCACCUGUAAGGGGGGCGUAGGUGGUCGCACCUGUGACUCCUGUCUCCCAGAAUUCUUUUCAUUUAGGAGCACCGGCUGUACAUCCUGUGACUGCUUUGGAGAUGACAAAGUAUGUGAUGUUACAACCGGUCAGUGUAACUGCCCUACCAACACUGCUGGACGUCGGUGUGACCGCUGUGUUACCUUUACAUGGGGACUGAAUAGUACCACUGGAUGCAAGGAAUGUCAGUGCAACCCGACAGGGUCAAUCAGGAGUCAAUGUGACCAGGAGACUGGUCAGUGUCCAUGUAAACCAGGAGUGACCGGUCGAGACUGUUCAGAAUGUUUACCAGGCUUCAAGGACCUCUCUGAUGAGGGUUGCUUACCAUGUGACUGUGAUGUAGCUGGAAGUUUGAGUGAUGUAUGCAAUGCUGUAACUGGAGAAUGCAUGUGCAAGAUUAAUACUGAGGGUAUUCAGUGUGAUUCUUGUACAGCCGGAUCAUUCUAUAUCAACCCAUCCCAUCAAGCAGGAUGUCUUGACUGUGUAUGUAUGGGAAUCACAAACCAGUGUGAUAGCACUGCACAGAGAUCUAUACAGUACACCAUACCCACUACUUUAGCCUCAAUCAACAUGUGGGAAGUCUUUGUCCCCACAAACAUCCUUGACCCUCCACCAGCAGUCACUUCCACUGUGAUAGCUAACAGGGAGUAUGUGUCUGUCAUACUGAAUGAAGGAAUAGAAGCAUUCUGGAGACUACCCGCAUCCGACUUUUCUGGCAAUCUGUUAGGAUUGUAUGGUCAGAUGGUGACAUUUGACCUUGUGUAUUUCCUGGAAGGUAACACUAAUUCUUCUGUGGCUGAUCCAUUAGAAGCUACAAUGUCUAUUCAGAGUCAAGAAGGAGAGUUAAGCUACCAGCUUGGUAUUCAACAGCCUGGAGAGUCUACUACUACGUCUGUUGAGAUGAGUGAACGGUCUGGGUGGGUGUCCACUCUAAGUGGUCAAUCGGUCAGCAGAUCUCAGUUCUUGACCAUUCUCACCAAUGUCAAUAGUGUCCUUAUUUCUGCUACACUCAGCUCAGCUGCACACGCAUCAAGUAUUGGCAUUGUAUCAUACGACAAAUCUACCCCUGAAGAUUCCCCCAGCUAUGAGGAGACUGCCCCCAGAGCUCUGGCUGUGGAGCAGUGCACAUGUGGCCCUCAAUAUUCAGGACUUUCCUGUGAGGAAUGUGCCUCGGGAUUCUAUCGUGUGAACACAACAUCUCAUCCAUUCUUUGGUGUUUGUAUUGCAUGUGAAUGCAAUGGACAUAGUUCAACAUGUGAUCCAACCAAUGGGCAGUGUUUAGACUGUCAAAAUAACACAGGAGGUUUCAACUGUGAAGUUUGUUUAGAUGGUUUCUACGGUGAUGCUAUGUCAGGUGCACCUGAUGCUUGUCAGGAAUGUCCAUGUGGGCCACCUACAUCUCAAUCCAACCAGUGUUCUGAGAUUGAUGGGGUCGUGACCUGUCGAGAUUGUCUACCAGGUCAUCUGGGCCCUCUGUGUAACAUAUGUGCUGAUUUCUACUAUGGAGAGCCAGCUAACCCUGAUAGGUUCUGUCAGCAGUGCGAGUGUAACGGUAACACAGACACCUGUGACUCUGUUACAGGCCAGUGUAUAGGAUGCGGGUUCAGUACUACAGGAUUCAACUGUGAACAAUGUCAGAACUUCACCUAUGGCAAUGCUAACCAGCAGAACUGCCAGGCCUGCAACUGUGACCCCCAAGGAUCAACCAACCUUCUCUGUGACUACGAGACCGGACAAUGCCCCUGCCUACCUGGAGUAGGAGGGAUGCAAUGCGAUGCCUGUCUUCCUAACUACUACGGCUUCGGCAACUCAUCUGGGUGUGUAGAGUGUGGCUGUAACGAGUAUGGAUCCCAGGACCUUCAGUGUGAUGGUGGUGGGGUCUGUAGGUGUCUGGCUGGGGUGCUCGGGGUCAAGUGUGAUACAUGUGAGGAUGGAAGCUAUGGACUCCCUGAUCAGUCUUGCCUAGCCUGUGGUUGUGAUGGAGCAGGUAGUAAUGGUGGCUCCCAGGCUGUAUGUGAUGUCCGCUCAGGACAGUGUCCUUGUAAGAUAGGCAUCACCGGAAGACUCUGUGAUGAAUGCCGUCCAGGCUUCAUCAACUUCAGCUCCAAUGGAUGCACAAAAUGUGAUCAGUGUGUAGACACCCUCUACAACUCCACCCGGACCCUGGAGACCCUCCACACCCAGCUCCUGGCUCUGGGAGCCUCCAUCCAGGAGCUUCAGAGACAAGAUACUCAGCUCCGUAAUGUGGACCCAAUGGUGGUUGCAACCAGCGAUGCUCUCGAUAACCUACAAGACCAGUACACCUCUCUGAGAACACAGAUAGAAAAUAUUGAUAUAGGGGCCUUUGAGAGGAACGUCUCUCUUAUAGCUGGAACAGCAUCAAACCUAUCAAGAUUAAUGGUCAUCCUCAAUGAGCAGGCCUCCAGCCAGCUUGACCAGAUAACCAUCUACCGGUCAGCAGCCCUUCAGACAAUGACCGACAUUCUCUCUGCCAGUUCCACUGUCCAAGAUUACAUCACUACACUGACCAACUACAACUCCAGUGCGGCCAUCUUCAUGUCUGAUGCCCUGGUCAGAAGAGAUGAUGUGACCAUGCUGACCGUAUCUGGACAGAUGGGAUUAAUUGAGACUGAGCUAGGAAGGAUUAGGAAUGUAACCAUGGAAGCUGAUUCCCUUCUCACUAUGGUUUUGGUACAGGGGCAAGAGUUGAAUCGUCUGAUGACCCUGGUAUCAUCUGCAGAGUCUCAGCUUCAAGCUACUAGAGAGUUGAUAUCACAGACCUACACUGCUUUAGAAGCUGUCCAAGUUAUCCUGGAUCAAACAGAUAUAGUUAUCAACCACACACAGACCAACCAAGCGUACAGUAACAGGCUAUUAGACCAGGCUGAGACUCAACUUGCAGGAAUCAUACAGACAUUCAUACAAGCUUUGCAAGCUAUUGGAGAAGCAGACCAAGCUAUUCAGGAUGCAAAUGCCAUCUACAUCGGCAGCUCUUCUGGUAGUGCAAACCUCCCCAUGGAUGUUGAUAUUGAUGACAGAGGGAUCAAUGGUUGGUUCGAUGGUAACCUUAGGGUCAGAGGUCAACUAGGGGCCGUUCAGGGUUUACAGGCCAAUCUGGAGAUCAUUCUGAAUGCAGCCGAGUCCAGGGCUCUCUUUCUGAGUGAGAAUACGGCACAGUCGCUCAGCUUUUUUCAGUCAGCACAGCCCCAGGGUCAACUAGCGGUUGACACAGUGAGGAAUUAUCGUAGUGUUGUGACAACUUUCCAAGAGGCUGAAGCUACUAACCAGAAUGCUACGGAUUCCCUUGCAUCAACACGGGACUAUCUCAUCACCAGGCCGGUAGCUAUACUCAGUGAGGAGGCACAGCAGUCACUUCAACUAAGCAAUGAUCUUGUGGAUACUAUUGAUGGCAAUUUGGUUGAUACUCAAGCUCUUAUGACAUCAUUGGAUUCUGCCAAUCAAACAUUACAAUCUGCUAUUGAAUCAUGGGAUAAUAUCAGACAGGAAGUAGCAAAUCUUGAAGCUGAGGUCAACACACUUUCAGAGAUUGCUGCAAAUCCUGAAAUACAACCAGCCAUUGAUUCAGGCAUGGAGGUAGCCAAUGAAACAAUCGCUGCAGGGGAUGCCAUCUUAGAAAGCAAUGCGUUGUUGACAGAGAGACUUACCGAAGAGGAGCAAUCUAUUGUAUUCAUUCAAGACAAUAUCCGCAAUGCAUCGACCCUUAUCACAGGAUUACCAUCAAGAGUGAGUCAAAUAGAAAGUGACGUUGAAACUCUUAGUACCAACGUGGACACUGUUCUUACUCUCCGAAACCACACCGGUUUCCUGCGCUCCGGCAUCACCAACAAGAUUGCCCGUCUACGAGAGAAAUUACAGCAAGCACAAACCACCAUCGCUGACUCAGACCAGCCAGUGCGUCUCGGUGCCCAAAGUCCACUGACCAUUGUCACACCGGUUGACACGUUCUCACUUUCCAAUGAGAUCCAGCUUGAUGUGAAACCAGAGCAAAGGGAUGGAUUGCUUUUCUUCAUGGGGAAUCCUACUAAUAAUGUCUUCAUGAGUAUUGAGAUCAUCGCAAGCAGGGUCAACUUUAAGUUCCGGGUGAAUCGGGAUGUGACAACCCCUGGCCAGGAUGUAGUGACCGUUAGCAGUCCUAUUGAUGUCUGCUGUGGAGAUUGGUACCGCAUACUUGCAACAAGGUAUGGUAAUGGUGGUGAGCUAACCGUAACACUGCUGUCUACUGGUGGGUCAUCUACCAACUAUGCAAGGAUUCUAUCAGUCUAUAAUGGAUACUUGAUACUUGAACAAACAUCAACAUUCUUCAUUGGUGGUAUCCCAACAGGUUAUCAAAUUGAUGAAGUCACAAGUUAUGACUUUGAAGGCUGUAUUGGAAGUGUAACUUUUGAUGGUCAAAAACUUGACAUGUGGCGACCAACCAGUCAGGAGGGAUCUCAAUCAUGCUGUGGGUCACCAGUGACCAUUCCAGAGCCAGAGGUCAACUAUGUACCAGGGGUUAGCUUUGAUGGUUCUGGCUAUUACAGGGUCCCCAAAGAGAACUUUGAUGUGUAUAAUGAAAGUAGGAUAACCUUGGAAUUCCGGACCGUAUUGAAAGAGGGUGUGCUCUUUGCUAUUACUCGACCAGAUCUCAUUUCUUUCAUUGGUAUCUUCAUGAUAAAUGGUCAGGUGAUCUUUGAAAUGAACACAGCAGGAAAUACCAGGUAUUCAGUACCUAGUAUUAGUACAUACAACGAUGGGCAGUGGUACAAGGUGACAGCUGGCUACAACAGUUCUCAUUAUAGCUUUGAGAUACGCUAUGCCAAUGGAAGUAAUGACUUACUAGAAGCAUCAACCAGACGUUCCCUUGCGCCCCUCUCAUUUCCCAAUCUUCAAUUCUCUCCAAAGAUCUUCUUGAGUGGAGCAGAUCCUGUCCAACUGAGCAACAUCAAACGUGGCCCAACCAGACUUAGUUUUGCAGGAAACCUACGUAACCUUUCCUUGUCUAAUGGUGCUUCCCUUGAGUUAGUUCCUAGAGAGAUUACCAAUACAUCUUCCUUCCCUUUCAAAGGAAUCUCAUUCAAUGGAUACCCUGAAGAGGUUGUACGAGGCAUUGGUUUUGCUGGUGAUUUUGCUUACAUUUCGUUAAGUACCUCCAUCAUCCCACUAGGCAUAGAGACGAUUCAGCUUCGAUUCAAGACCACUCAACCACAUGGUUUACUCUUGUAUGGCUAUGAUACAGUCAGCUUUAACAAGCUAGUUUAUGUCACCCUGUACCAUGGAAACGUAUUUGUUCAGUACAAUCUUGGUGGUCGUUUAUCAGAUCCAAUGCAGACUAGAGGACUUCAACUCAAUACAGGCCAGUGGCAAGAUAUCACCAUCUCUUUCAAUGGACUCACUGCAUCAUUGAAGGUGAACGAUCUACCAAUGAUAUACGGAGCUGUACAGCUUACUUCUCCAAGCAUCGACAUAGAGGGCCUCCUAUUCAUUGGAGGUUUAUCAGCGAACAUCCCUGGCCUGAUUGGUGGAGACUUUCCUGUCCGUCAGUCUCUAGAGGGCGACAUAGUUGACCUUCUCAUUAAUGACGUCUCACCCCACUUCAACGAUCCCAACACUGUCCUUGGGUCCCUGGGAGUCACCCUGACAGGGGUGCAGCCGGAGGUCAUGACCCUACCACCACUCCCCUACUCUACCCCACCUCCACCCACAGAUGAUGGUCUACCAGGGGCGUGUGCUAGCCCCAUCCAGGUGAUAACAUACCCCCCAUCAGAGGGGGUAGUCAGGUUUGGAUUGACGAGGGAGAGCUAUCUUGGUAUUGCGCUGAACAGUGAGCAGAGAAAAUAUUUUGAAUCAAAGUUUAUCAUUGAAUUUGAAUUCCGUGCCCUGUCUUCCAACGGUAUCCUGCUGUAUGUAGCCAAUGAUUACAGUCGACCCAAUCAGUUUAUGGCCUUGGUCAUGCAGAAUGGUUUCCUCAAUCUCUUCAUCUUUGAUCAAAGCAGGGUAUAUAAACAUCUGACUUCAGCCUUCCAAUACAAUGAUGCUCAGUGGAGAACGGCAACCAUUCUGAAGAUCAAUGGAUUCGUUGUACUAUUUGUUCCAGAGUCCAAGGACUAUAAUGGUCUAGACAAUGGUCUCAUUAAUAACUCAUCUAGACUUGAAGUAGGGACCUCACUUUACAUUGGUGGACUUGGACCACAGGUCCGAGAAGGGUCAUAUCCACUCAACCGUACUCUGGGGAGUUUCAAUGGCUGUAUUCGACAAUUGAAUAUCAGUACAGAGUCUUCAUCUCGGGUACAAAUACCGCUCAAUUCUCCAGUCAGCGAUUCAGCAAACAUCACAGAAUGUCGUUUUAACCCAAUCGGUCCUGGAAGUCAUUUUGAUGGCAGUGGAUGGCUCCUGCUAAGGUCAUCCUAUACAUUGGUCAGUCCUUGGUCAGUUUCAAUGACCAUCUCAACCACCGAUGAAAAUUCAUUGUUACUUGCCCUUUCAGCCGACCUUCAAAAUUUCAUCACUUUGGAGAUAGUGGAUGGAACAGCCAGAGCAGUAGUUGGUCUCGGAACCCCAUCGUCUGUUAUCCUUUGGUCAACUCAGAUGACCAGUGUCUGCGAUGGUAACCCACACACCAUCACAUUGGCCGUUCGUAGGGGUUUGAUUGAGAUGACCAUUGAUGAUAACCCAACAGACAGUCUACCAGUCAGUAGUGAUACCUUUGCAGUCAUCAAUGACACACCACUCUACAUUGGAGGAAUCUCUGAUGCUGCUAACAUUCCUCUUGUUCCUGGAAUCAUCAGAACAUCCUUCACUGGUUGCCUGUUAUCACUGGUAAUCAAUGAUGUACCUAUCAGCAUCACGACUCAUGAAGAGAGUAGCGGUUACACUGUGGGAUGCCCUAGACCUAUUCCUAUCUAAAGAUCAAACAGGAGAGUAUUUCCGGAAGCUGUUUGUCACUGGUUUUCACCCAUAUCUGUUAUAAGACACCUCAUGAAAUUCCCCGGAGGAGAAUCACACUCAUACUUAUAUUCUAUGAUAUAGCACUUAAUUACUUUUCCAAACAUUCUGUUAUGUUAUGAGUGUGAUUGUUCAAGUACACUUGUCUCUCCCAUGUUUGUUUUGUUUAUGUUGCAGUGCACCAUGUGCUUCUUUAUUCAUCAACACCUUUAGAAAAAUUAUUAUUUCAGCAUAAUUGUUUAUUGUUUGAUCAAAGAUAUCAUGUGCAUUUUAUUGCACAUGAUAUAUGGAAAUUUUGUGUCUAGAAUCAUUCAAUACAGCACGUCCCAAAAAAAUGUCCCUCUGACAGAGGGCCAAAUUAAUUCCAAAAUGUGGCAGUAUUCUCAAUUAAUUGUACGGGAUUAGAAAGCUCAUUUCAUAAUCUAACUUCUAUGGAAAUUUUAUUGGUUUUGAAUAUACACUUUGUUACAUAACAGUGGUGCAUUUUAGCCCAUUCCAAGUUCGCAGCAUUGAUGUAUUUCUGUAUUGUCUAUGUGAUGAUAACCCCCAUUUUUACAUCCAGGAUCUGAGCAUGGACACUUCCCUAAUCCUAUCCAGACUCCUCAAAUCAUAAACUUGGGCAUGUUCAGAAGGACAAGAAACAUAACAAAUGAAGUUUGUUUGAUGAUUAAGGGGAAUCAGUGCACCAACUUGAAAGAAACUGUGAAUGAUGGAUGAGUAAAAUAAGCUGAACAAUGAAGGGGAAUCUACAAGUUACACUUUGCGUAAGUGUAAUAGAGGGAAAAAAAUCAUUUAAGGACGUUCCACAGUUAAAGUGAAAUCCAUGUCAUUUUCACCAAACUUUGCACAUAGAUACUUUAGAACCUUGAUAUUCGAAAUAUGCAAAAAUCAACAUAGGUCCAUGUGCUUGAUUUUUUGCUAUAGAGCUUCAAAGUUCACCCAAAUUGAUGUUAUUAAGAAUUGCGCAUUCAAAAGAAUUUGAAAUUUUUAGACCGCCCAAGAUUACUACAAUGAGUUUAAACCUCUAUUACUCAGUCAAAAUACAUGAAAAAGUCAUAAAAUUUUGCAAGAGAGUUAAUAAUUGUAUCGUUAGAAUGGAGAAUCUAUUUAUAGUGCUAUUUGUUUGCAAUUUUAAGUUUAACAGCACUGUCAGUUCUUAAAAAUGGCGUAAAAGAUAACAAAGUCCCAAUCUAAAAAAUGUGAAAUUUCAGUAACAAACUACAGAAGUACAAUAAAUGCUGUACUUUAUUCGAAAUCCAUGUCAUUUUCACCAAAAUUUGCAGUGUUGUAGAAGAUCGUAUACAUAAGAGGUAUAAACAUUAAAAAAUAGGGGUUCAUGUGCUUGUUUUUAAACUAUCAGCAUUUUUAUUAGAGCAAAUGUGUUUUUUAAAACACCAAAAAUGCGCCGAAUGCUUUGUGUCUAUGUGAAGAAAAAAUCAAAACCACUCUACCAUUUUUUCAAACUCGGGGUAAUAUUCGUGAUUCUUGGCAGCACUGCAGAGUAAAGUAUUUUGAAAUUGUAGAGAUUUUUUUUUUAAUGGUCCAUGAAAUAAUUACAUUUUUUAGCUUCAUGAAAUAACGCAUCGGAUCUGCAGUUAAAGUGCAGAAGAUGAGAAAAAUCAGCUCAUACCCGCAGCUAUUUAAUCACCUGUUCAUCCAUUGUGACGUCAGCGCGCAGAGUGUAAACUAUGCGCAGAUCAUAAUGCGCACAAACAUAACUGUGGAACGUCCUUAAAAGAGUACAUUGAAUUAACUUGACCUCAGUAGCUUUUAAGUAAAAAAAAGGUAAUGAAAACAGGAAUGCAAUAUUCUUUGAAUUAAAGGACAAGUCCACCCCAACAAAAUGCUGAUUUGAAUAGAAAGAGAAAAAUCAAACAAGCAUAACGCUGGAAAUUUAAUCAAAAUCAGAUGUAAAAUAAGAAAAUUAUAACAUUUUGAAGGUUCGCUUAAUUUCACAAAACAGUUAUAUGCACAUCCUGUUAGGUAUGCAAAUGAGGAGACUGAUGACAUCAUCCACUCACUAUUUCUUUUGUAUUUUAUUAUAUAAAAUAUGAAAUAUUUUGAUUUUCUCGUCACCGUCAUGUUAAACAAAGUUUCAUUCCUCCCCGAACAGAUGUAAUUCCAUUAUUUUAACAUUUUGUGUUUCAUGCAAGGGGGUCCUAAUUGUCAAAUUCGUAAAAAUUGAAAUAUUGUAUACUUCAAACAAUAAAAAACAAAAGAAAUAGUGAGUGCGUGACAUCAUCUACUCUCUCAUUUGCAUAUCAUUGAGUUGAGCAUAGAACUGUUUUGUGAAAAAUAAGCGAAACUUUAAAUUUCAUAACUUUCUUAUUUUACAUCCGAUUUUGAUGAAGUUUUCAGCAUUAUUCAUACUUGAUUAUUCUCUAUUUAUUCAAAUCAACUUUUUUCUGGGGUUGACUUUACCUAUAACCAUGAAACAGACAUGACCUGUUGUCUCCAUCAUCGUGCAUCUCUCAUUGUCAAACAUGAAAUUAACUGUCAAACACUUCUGAACAUGCUCAAUGUUGUGAUUUGAUGAGCCUGGUUAGAUCAUAGAGAUUUUCCUGGUCAGGUCAGGAAAUUCCCUGGUCAGAAUGAUCAGUGGGAGUUAAUAAUGCUCGAAAGUGCAGAACAUACAGCAGUGCUGCAUGCAUGUAAACUUGGAAUAGGCUGAAAAGCACCAUUGUUACAUUAUAGACUGUGUAUUCAAAACCACUGAAGCGAGACCAAAUAAUUUUUUAUAGAAGUUAGAAGAUGAGAUGAGCUUCCUAUAUCCACACAUUUAAUUGAGAAUAAUUUCAAGUUUGGAAGUAAUUCAGCCUCCUAUCAGAGGGACAUUUGUUUUGGGACGUGCUGUAUGUAUUGAUUUUGGGAGUGAUUAUGUAUUCUCUCCAAUUGUUUGCUUUUUACAUUGCCUGAAUUACAGCUUGUUUUCAGCCGUUUAUAUACAACCUUGCCUAUCAAUGAUAUAGAUAUGAAAUAUUCCAUCAUAUGUCAGUAUUCCAUAUUUAAGUACAAGCAAUUGAAUAAAAAUAAUAAUUCUUGGUUUUAAAUGAAAAUCCAUAUAUUAUCUAAAGUAGAAAUACUUUGAAAAUUCAUUUUGCCCUAUUGAUCGUUGGCUCAGCAGCCACUGUGCAGCACCAGAUCAACAUUGGUCUAUUCCUUUAUCAUUGAAUUCCAAACAGGGUUAAUUCACUGUAAAGGUUUGAUCAUGUUUCUAAUUCAGUUAUCCUUCUAUCCAAAAGUGUACUUAAAGUAAAAUAGAGUUCAUGAAAGUAUUGAUAACAAUAAAGAAUGACUUAUGGGCAUCUGGAGUUGGUAAGUAAUAAAGUAU